AGGCUUUACUCCAGUUUCGAUACGUAAGGAAAAAUGAAAAUCCUUACAAAAAAUAUUAAAGAUAAACUAUCUACAUUGUUGCCAGUACUCCCGUACGGGGUGCUAGAGUCGUGGGAUGAUUUAGACCCCAAAUUAUAUCACGCCAUUCAUAUUUAUUGGUUAAAAUUUUACGGCAUGUGGUACAACAAUUUCUCACCUUUAAACAUUCUUUUCUGGAUUCAGAUAAUAUAUACUCUGAUCAUCUUAUGGCUGGUGUGUUUUCUGCCCGGAAUAGGAGAGGUCGUUUAUUUGCUGAAGCGUAAGGAAAAUAUUGGCGACAUUGCAGAAGGAUUAUAUUUAUUUUUAAGCGAAAUGUACACAUAUUUUAAAAUAGCUGUGUUUUGGUUGAAUAAAGAUAAAGUGAUGAAUCUAAUAAAAUAUUUGUAUUGUGAGGAAUUUAAGCCUGUGGAGGCGGAACACAAAGAGUUUAUACGGAAGAGUAUAAAAACAGCACGUUUUGUGAUGACAUAUUAUUCCACAAUGUGCGUUGGCGCGGUUUCAGUGGGAAUAAUAAUGCCAAUAACAGAAAAUUUCGACAUUUUACCAACGAACGUGGAAUAUCCAUAUUUUAAUGUUUACACAUCACCCGCCUACCAAAUAUUGUACGUUCAUCACAUAUACUACAAACCGGCGACCUGUAUUAUUGAUGGUGUUAUGGAUACUAUUCUGGCUGCUUUCAUCGCAUCUACAAUUGGACAGAUAGAGAUAUUAGCAUUUAACUUGCGUAAUUUCGACGUAGUAGCAGAAAGGAGACGUAAGAGGGCUAUUAACGAACAUAAAGCCACCGGAGCAUUGUCUGAAGAUUACCACAUACGUACUGUUCUCAGAGACUGUAUUAUACACCACAACAGCAUCAUAAGAUAUGUGUCUAUGAUAGAAAACGCCUUCAGUCUAGCUUCAGCACUGCAAUUCAUGUUAAGUGUCAUGGUACUUUGUUUAAUAGGUGUUCAGUUUUUAUCGAUCGAAAACCCAUCCAGUCACCCCAUGCAAAUAAUGUGGAUGGCAAUUUACUUGACAUGCAUGUUGUUUGAAGUGUUUAUACUAUGCUGGUUUGGAGACGAGUUGAUAUGGAAGAGCCUUGACCUCAGACAAGCAGCAUUCGAAGGUCCCUGGUUAAAAACUAACGCAGCGACUAGAAAAUAUAUUAUAAUAUUUCUAGAACGAUGCAAACGCCCUCUUAGAGUAACAGCUGGAAAAAUAUUCGUAUUAUCUCUCGACACAUAUACAGUCCUCAUUAACUGGGCCUAUAAAGCAUUUGCUGUUAUGAGUAAUAUGAAGAAAUAAUUAAGAUUGUUUUUAUGUAAACCAUGAAUUAUUACGAUAACACAGUAGUGUCGCUGGAUACAAUACAAUAUACUACAUAUAAUUAAUAAAUUACGCACUUCAACAGCUAAGUACUAUUUUUAU